UGAACGUUGGACUACAAAAUAUUUUAACAUUAAUCAGAUAUUUUUGAUAGUUUUCAAUUGGUAAUUCGACUUUAAAGUUAAGUUUGUUACUUGGACAUUGAUUGGUUAGUGUUUAUAAAUAAAAAGACUAAUAUUGUUCUUCUAUGCAUUAUGGAUUGUGAUUAAAUGUUUAACAUCAUGUUUUUAAGUCUGCUAUUUUACACCGGGACAACCUCUAUUGCUUGUGCAUCUGGGUACAAUAUGAACAUCAAAAAUCAAAAAUUUGCAGUUGAGGUCAAUAAGAAAGUAUCAUCUAGUGUAACAGUAAUUGAGGAAAUCAGCGUUCACUCAUAUAUAGUGUGUGCUAGUUGGUGUGCGGGUAGUCCAACCUGCUGCUCCGCAAGCUAUAACAAAACAUCAAAACAGUGUCAGUCAUACUCCUGUUGUGAACCGGAAACAGUACUAUUUGAGAACGGAAUUGUUUUGCGAAAAUUACCAGAUCAGGACAAACUCAUUGACUGCACUGACAUUUCGAAUGGAAGCUUAAGUGGUGUCUAUGCGAUGUAUCAUAAUGAUGGACCUUUCGAUGUGUACUGUGAUGUGAAUUCUGACGGGAAAUGGACGAUUAUACAACGAAGAUUAAAUGGGGCCGUAGAUUUCUACAGAAAUUGGCAAGAUUAUAAACUUGGUUUUGGAAAUGUGAACACAGAAUUCUGGUUAGGAAACGACAAUUUACAUAAUAUUUUGUCUUUGUCAGCAAGAGAAUAUAAGCUAAGAAUUGACCUCGAGGAUUGGAACGGUAAGACAAGAUAUGUUGAAUAUGACACUUUCUUUGUCGGGAACGAAGCGACCAACUAUGUACUUACUAUUGGCAAUUACAGCGGAAAUGUUGGAGAUAGCAUAGUUUUUUCCGGCAAGGACAACUGCGAUAUAAAUGGAAUGGCUUUUUCCACAUGGGAUGUUGACAAUGAUGUUGACAAUAUUGAUAGCUGUGCUAAAGACAAGAAACAUGCUGGUUGGUGGUACAAUGCAUGUACCAGGGCAAAUCUAAACGGGAUUUACUACAAUGGUGGCGUAGAAGAGAAUGAUGGAAUAUACUGGAAAAACUGGUAUAGCUCUGAUUAUUCACUGAAAACCGUUACAAUGAAGAUCAAAUCACAUUAUCGCAGAUGUUCUUAAUCACCCUGUGACUAUUGUGUUACUUAAUUCUUACGUUA